AUGGCCCUUCAUCGGGCCGGUGAGGUGGCUCAUGCACGAGACGCCCUUCAAGCCAUUCGUCACUCGGUCCUCCCCGCCCUUCUUUGUUCUUUUUUCUUCUUGGAAGUUGGAGUUGGAUCGCGUCGGAGGCGGUUCUGGCGGAUCAAGGUGACGCCGAAGCUCAGAUUCUUUGCCGGAAUAAACUCACCAAAGAAGUUCUUCCAAAGACUUAGGGAUGGGUAUGUGAAGAUGAUGCUUAGAUUUGCAAACUCGAGGGUGUUCAUCUCUGGCUACGGUGGUGGUAGAAGUUACGGGUUUGGAGAAAAGUCGAUAGCAAUGAAGGAGUACGAUGAGAAGAUGAUCGUUGAGAUCUACAAAUCAAUGAUGGCUGAGGGAAUUUUACUCCCUCGUGAUGCUGCAAGACUCGCUUCUGUAACUACAACGGCAGCAGCAGUGGCAACACCCAUAGGCAUAGCUUGUUAG